AUGCGCCUUUAUUGUGUUCCCGUCUUGCAUCUCCUGGCCUUGUUCGCCAGCGGCUAUACCACCGGGGAGAGCUCCUACGAUGAGAUUGGCCGUUGGUCUCUUCGUGAUCAACAUGACUACGGCGAAUGGCUGGUCGACGUGACUCGUCGCACCGAGAACAGCUCCCAGCAGUUGCACCCCACGGUGCGGGAAUUCGGCGACCUCAUCGAGGCUCGACCACAUCUGCGGAUGCUCUUUGCACUAAUGUUCCAGGAAGUGCCUCGAAGUCCUCGUUACAUUUACGAGCUCAGCGGACGACCCCAGAUCCGAGACUACCGCCACAUGCUACGCGUACUCGACCACCUUAUCCAGACGGCGCCACCCUACAGCACCCGAAAAAAUCGCAUGAGCUAUGCCGGUAUUCCCCUGAGCAGUUUGCUCAACUGGCCGAUGGGGACACAAAGCGGCUUUGCAGCCUUCCUGGACCCCGAAGUCAAUGCCAUAAUAAAGAAGAUCCUAAACACCUGGGGCGCAUACCUGCAGUCCCCGGACUCGGUUCAUGUCCUUGGCAGAGCUCCCACCGACUGGUUCGGCCCGACGGGACUCACUGAUCUCACUGACGUUGCGAACAUCGGCCGGACGAAUUAUACGUUCGACGAAAUAUUCAUCGCCAACGCCACGGCCCCGUACCGCGGAUUCCAGUCCUGGGACGAUUUCUUCAUCCGGUCAUUCCGCGAGGGCAUCCGUCCCGUCGCGGGGAACGACAGCGUGAUCGCGAAUGCCUGCGAGUCGAAGCCCUAUCAGGUGCAGCACAACGUGAGCGCUCACGAUCAGUUCUGGAUCAAGGAACGGCCGUAUUCGAUUGUGGACAUGCUGGGUGGUGAUCCGCUGUCCGAGAAGUUUAUCGGGGGCACGGUCUACCAAGCUUUCUUGAGCUCCCUGAGCUACCAUCGCUGGCACGCGCCGGUCUCAGGCCGCAUCGCGAAAGCCUUCACGUUAAAUGGGACCUACUUCUCCGAGCCCCUUAUCAUCGAUCUCGCCGCGCAGGAGCAGAGCCAUGACUAUCUCGACGAACUGAGCCUGAUUGCCGCGCAGCCGUACCUCACCUCGGUGGCCACCCGCGCGGUGAUCUUCAUCGAGGCGGAUCACCCGGCUCUCGGAACGGUGGCGUUCAUCGGCGUCGGCAUGGCAGAGGUUUCCACAUGUGACAUUACAGUCAAGCAGGGCGACUAUGUCCGCAAGGGGGACGAGUUGGGGAUGUUUCACUAUGGGGGGUCAACCCACUGUCUCCUGUUUCAAGAGGGAGUCAACGUGACGGGGUUUCCUGCGACUGGGCAAACUUACAAUGUGCCUGUGCGAGGUCACUUGGCUACUGUUGGUUGA